AUAGGCAGAUACAGUCCUGCAGUGAUCCGCAGUCACUCGGAAAUCUCUAGAUUCAUUUUCAUCAAUGGCGGAGGAGAAGGCGAAUCGAUCCACCGGCGUCGUCAUCAAGUUCAAUGAUCAGAAAGGCUAUGGAUUCAUCCGCCCCGAAGAGGGCGGUGAGGAUUUGUUCGUCCACCAAACGGCAAUCAAAUCCGACAGCUAUCGCACGCUGCGGGAGGGUCAGGCCGUCGAGUUCACCAUCAUUCUAGAUGGGGACAAGACGAAGGCUGUUGACGUCACCGCUCCCGGCGGCGGUCCUGUGGAUUCGAGUUCUCGGAGGGGGGGAAACAGCAAUAACCGCGGCGGUGGUUACGGAUUUGGCGAUCGGAGGAACGAUGGGAAUGGUUACGGUUAUCGGGGAGGCGGCGGCGGAGGCGGCGGGGAGUGCUACAAUUGCGGGGAGUUCGGGCACAUGGCUAGGGAUUGCAACAACGCCGGCGGAGGCGGCGGCGGAGGCGGUAGCAAUGGAGGUGGAUGCUACAACUGUGGCGGAUUUGGGCAUCUGGCCAGGGAGUGCCCUACCGGAUCCCGCGGCGGCGGUGGCGGUGGCGGCGGUGGCGCUUGCUUCACCUGUGGGGAGCCUGGCCAUAUGGCGAGGGACUGUAUGCGUGGCGGCGGUGGAGGCGACGGUUACAGCCGUGGCGGUGGUGGCUUUGGCAGGUUUGGCGGAGGUGCUGGCGGUGGAGGUAAAUGCUUUAACUGCGGGGAGCCUGGGCAUUUCGCCAGGGAAUGCAAGGAGGCGCCUCGUGCGUGAUUGAAGGCCUGAAUUUGGUAGUUUAUCUGUUUUAUUUUUGGGUUCUGUUGAUGCUUUCUUUUGGACGAGCUAAUAUGCUUUGAUUGUGAUUUGAUGAUCGUGUCGGAUGAGCUUUUAUACCUAUGGUAUGAUGGUGAUAAACUGAUAGUAUUUUUAUAAUGGUUUUUGGCUGAAGUUGAAAUUGUUUUGGGCA